AUGGCAACCCCUGAUGUGAGUGUCCACAUGGAGGAAGUAGUGGUUGUGACAACACCUGACAAUGCAGUUGAUGGCAGUGGUGUGGAAGAAGUGAAAACUGUGUUGGUGACAACAAACCUGGCUUCUCAUGGGGGAGACCUUACAGAAGACAACAUGGAAACAGAAAAUGCAGCAGCUGCAGCCGCAGCUGCUUUCACAGCUUCUUCACAGCUGAAGGAAGCAGUAUUAGUGAAGAUGGCUGAAGAGGAGGAGAGUUUGGAGACUGAGAUUGUUUAUCCCAUCACCUGUGGAGAUAGUAAAGCCAACCUGAUAUGGAGGAAAUUUGUAUGUCCUGGCAUUAAUGUGAAGUGUGUUCAGUAUGAUGAGCAUGUCAUCAGCCCUAAAGAGUUUGUUCAUUUGGCUGGCAAGUCAACUUUGAAGGAUUGGAAAAGAGCAAUUCGCAUGAAUGGGAUCAUGCUCAGGAAGAUCAUGGAUUCUGGAGAGCUGGACUUUUAUCAACAUGACAAGGUCUGUUCCAACACCUGUCGAAGCACUAAAAUCGACUUGUCUGGUGCCAGAGUGGCUUUAAGUAGUCAGACAUCAACAGAAUACAUCCCUAUCACCCCUGCUUCUGCAGAUGUGAAUGGGUCUCCUGCUACAAUCACCAUAGAAACUUGUGAGGACACUGGUGACUGGACUACCACCAUUGGAGUCACUUGGUUUAGACAAGCCACAUUCCAGACCCCUGAAGAACUGGCUGAUGAGACUUUUGCCUUUUGGAGAGGACUAAAGGAUGCUGGUCUAUUGGAUGAAGUGAUUCAAGAGUUUCACCAGGAGCUGGUAGAGAUGAUGAAGGGAUUGCAGCAGAGGGUCCAGGAUCCUCCUUUACAGCUUCGAGAUGCUGUCUUACUCAACAACAUCGUACAGAACUUUGGAAUGCUAGAUCUAGUGAAGAAAGUCUUGGCUAGCCACAAAUGCCAGAUGGACCGCUCCCGAGAACAGUAUACUCGAGAUUUGGCAGAGAUUCUCCACUCAAUGAUGGCUGUUGAGAUCAGGCAGGAGGUAGUGAUGUGGGCUGACAGUGGGCAGUGA